CCGAAGAGGAGAAGAUGGACCACCUGGGCAGCAUGUGUCUUUGAGCCUAGGACGGGACAUAAUGGCCAUCGUGGCCGCGAGCCGGUCUUGGGAAGAAACCCGGGAUGUGAUGAUGAGAAAGUAUCUGGCAGCAGAGAAGAUGGCAACGGAGGCCGAUUUAGCGGCAGUCCAGAGGAAGAACUUCGCAACGUACAAUGACUUCCUACGGGAGUUUACUUUGGUAGCACUAAGAAUCCCCGGGGUUACAGACCGAAUAAUGAGUAAGUACUUUCUCAGACAGUUCUCCGAGUUCGACAAGGACAAGAUCCUGUCGGCUUACCAACAGACGAGCAAAUGUGUAAACAUUAGGGAUGCUGAUUUCAGUACGGUAACGGAUCUGGCCGAGAAGACGGUAGUGACCGAGACAUUGGCCUUGCUUAAGGAAGAAGCCGAACCGGUGGGCGAGAUCAUAUGGGAUCAACUCUGGGGGCGCGGGCCACAGGUCAACUUCAUUCUGGAAAAUGACGGACGAGAUAGGGUAAACGCGACUACUCAGCUAGGGACGGAUGGGAGAAGGAUUAUCCGUGACACCGUGAUGGAGGAGGUUGCUGGAAGUUCGGAACCCCAGGCAGAGGCAGAGCCUGAGGCCGAGGAACCAGAAAAGGUCUAUGGAAAACCUAGGGAAGAGGAGCCUACAGACAAAGUUACCGCUGCCAAGAAGAAGUCUAGGUACCAAAUCCCGAUCUUAUCCAUGUCCGAGAUCGGCGACACCCUUGGCAAGCUACUAGGAACCAUGGUGUUGGUGUCGUUUCAGACGAUGUUGCAGGCCAGCCCUAAGUUGCUUAAAGGGCUUAGGCAACUGUUGACUUGGCGACGGGUAGAGAUAGACGAGAACCCCGAAUUACCAGAAGAGGAAAGGGAGGAGGAACCUCCACAAGAAGUCGCUAAUCUCCAAAGGAGUUGCGGGGAUCUGGAAGAUCUCGAGAAGGGUUUUGCAGACAUCCGCCUAAGCCUACCAGACAGGGAAGGUGGCGAGGUCAUGAGGGCACCUCCUCGAACAAAGCUCAGUUUUUAUGCGCUACCCGUAGAAAAACUGAAGGUUCAGAUUGGGACUCAUCAUACCGACGCGUUGGUAGAUGGGGGAGCGGAAAUCACUCUCAUAAGAAAAGAUUUCGCAACAGUCAUGGGUUGCAUGAUGGGCCUGCCCCAGAAGAAGAGGCGGAAGGAGCACGAGAUCUUAGGUGUCAUGGUGGCAAAAAAGGAGACGAAAGUUGAGCUUGGGGCCAGCCUGCCCAAGCAAAGCGAAGUGCGCAAGGACGUGCCGGAAAUCGCGCUCGAGAUCCCCGAUUUGUUGCAGUUCAUCAAGGCCCUCAGAUACCACAAGGUAGGAGUGGACCCGACGACCUUGGCGAAAUUUGAAGGAGAGGUACAAAAGGGAUAUUGCCUGAAUGAAAAACUAGUUAGUAUUCAGCCACGAGUCGUAGAAGCAACGAGGGCAAUCCCUGACCGUUCAUUUUUUAGGAGAAAGAUCCCAGAAGGAAGUGUUCGAAAGUACAAGCCGGUAGGAAAGAAAGCAAAGCCGGUAUCGAUCCUGCUUGAGACAUCAAAGGAAGAGGCCAUGAAAAAGGAGGAGGAAGUUUUGCAGGUGAUCCGGGAAAGGAGGGCAACGAAAGGGCAUCGAAUACCGGAUGAGGUAGCCUAUACGAUGAAGAUAGGGAUAGACGGGUUCUUAACAGAAGAAGAAAACUGCCUGAUCAAGAAGACCUACCAGGAGUUUCAUUUGGCAUUUGCCUUUAGUGACCAUCAGAAGGGGCGGCUAGACGCAAAAUUGAUCCCUCCGGUCAGAAUCCACACGGUAGAGCAUGAAUGUUGGAAUGACAAGGGACCGUCAUAUGAAUUCGGAAUAGCGGAAGAAGUGACAGACCUCCCUCGAGCAAAGAUGGACUCCUUCGUCGCGGAACCUACGGCGUCGCCAUAUGCAAACCGGUGGUUCGUCUUUCGAAAACCCAAUAAGACGUUAAGGUGGAUUUAGGAUCUGCAGAAGCUGAAUGCAGUGACCAUAUGGGAUGCUGACUCGCUACCCCAGGCCGAUCUAUUGGCGGAAUCGCACGCCGGACGAAGCAUUUACUCCCUAAUAGAUCUGUACUCGGGAUAUGACCAGCUUCCAUUGGAUGUCCGGGACAGACCGUACACCGCAAUGCACACCCCGGUAGGCCAGUUGCAAAUACAAGUGACCUCUAUGGGCUUUACGAACGCAGUAGUCGAAGCGCAAUGAAGAAUGCUAGCCGUA